CAACUAGAAGCCCGUUUAAUUUUUUUCUACAUGGACAUGAGUCCGUCCGACGUGAAGUUGCUUUCCCGUGAUGUUGUUGAAAUUGUGUCUGCCAGCUGGCUGUGAUUGACUUAAUUCCUCCUUUUCCCGUCUGUUUUUGUUGUUGGCUGUGAGUUGGUGAAAGGACACCUCCAGGGGAAGAGGGCCUUGGGGGUCUGGCAUGGUCGGGAGAGGACUUUUUUGUGGCCUGUGAUGGGCUCCUGGUGCUGUGGUGUGAUAUGUAACGUUUCUGAAUACGAAAUCUGGCACGACACCGUGUCCCAAGUUUGCUCUUUGAACUCCUUUCUUUUGCUGUUACUUCAAGCAAAGAGCACAGCCAUGAUGUGACAUGUCAUUCAGUUUGUUAAAGCCACAGUGCAUUCAACUCUCCAAGCAUGCUACAGUAGUGACAGUCUCCAUCUACUCAGCAGCACUGUUUGAUCCAAGAGAAACGUGCCUUGUAAGGAAGCAGGAUGUUCACAGGCUCCACCAAACUGCCACCCACUAAAACCCCCCAGCCCGAGAGGCUGGAUGAAGUGUACGCUGCUUUACGCAGAGGCUUACAGUCGUACCUGCAGGUCCACCAGCUGGAGCUGGAGAGUCUGGGUCAGCAGAUCAGAGAGAACAAGAGGAACGGCCGUUUGGGGUCUUUGUAUGAGCUGGAUAAGCAAGUGAAAGCAAUAGAGAGGUUUAUGCGACGCUUGGAAUUCCAUCUCAGCAAGGUUGAGGAGCUGUACGAUGCUUAUUGUAUACAGCGACGACUGCGUGAUGGGGCAAGUAAGAUGGUGGCGGCUUUUAACUCCGCCACGGGAAGCAAGGAGGCCCGAGAGAGUCUGAGUGAAGCCAACAAGGGUUAUAGAGAAUGUACAGAGCACAUGUGCUCACUUGAGAGCGAAUUAGAAAGCCAGAUGGGAGAAUUUCAUGUCAAGAUGAAGGGUCUAGCUGGCUUUGCACGAUUGUGUGCUGGUGACCAGUAUGAGGUCCUAAUGCGUUAUGGACGGCAGCGCUGGAGGCUACGAGGCCGCGUCGAGGUCAGCAACAAGCAGAUAUGGGACAGUGAAGAGUACAUCUUUCUGCCGCUCAUCACAGAACUGCUGUCAAUCAAGGUGACGGAGCUGAAGAGCCUGGCCAAUCACGUGGUGGUGGGUAGUGUGUCCUGCGAAAUGCUAGACCUGUUCUGCCCACUUCCCCAGACGCUCGCUGUGGAUAUCAACGACCUCGGGACGGUGAAGCUGAACUUGGAGGUCACCUGGAGUCCAUUUGAUAAGGACGACCAGACAUCAUCCACCAGUACAGUUUCCAAACGGCUGCUGUCCAAUCAGAGCCCUCCUGACACGCCCUCCAUGCGAGAGCAGGUGUUUUAUUCUCUGCUGAAGCGACAGGGAGAAAUGGAGAACGGGACAGUCUGGUCCAACUCUUCCGAAUCCUCUGACGACUCCUCCAGCCCAGCCUUGGCUCACCACGCUCAGAGGCUGACGGCCUCCAACAUGCUGCAGACCACUCUCACCACUCAGCUGUCGUUCACGCCACACAAGUCCAGCGCGUCGACGCCAUCGCUCUCCUCCAACCAAGAGGAGGACGAGACAGAAGCCGGGGAGGUUUUCUCUCAGCCCGAUUCUGUGCCCAACGGCCAUCUGCAGACUUCCUGCCCUCACAGCCACAUCAGCGAGAGUAGUCCAGACUGUACUGUGACUGAUAGGGCGUCAGUCCAAUCAGCUGACCUUUCGGAGACCUCAGCAGACCUCAGCUGCUCGUGCCCUGAUGUUUCCUCUGUGUCGUUGACGGAGAGACCGGAUGUGUCUGAAAGUGGCAUCCCGCAAGUGUGUAUUUCAACGGAGGAGGUGGAAGAUGAUGCCUCCAAGGACCUGUCAGCACAGGCUGGACAGACUGAAGAAGAAGCAGAGGACAGCACCACCGAAGCAGAGGAGGUAGAAGUGUCAGAGACACAUCAGUCCGUCCAUGAGUCCAAACAAUCAGAGGAGGCAUCGAUGGCACCUUUUCCUACUUCUUCUAGUUUCACUCAGGAAGUCGAGACAGCCCUUGAAAGUUUCGACUUUCUCAACUGCUCUGACCUUGACGAAGACGAAGAGGAAAAAGAAGACAAGCAACAGCAGGAGGAUGAAGGAGAGAAGGAGGAGGACGAUGGGCAACAUGAAGAGAAACAAAACCAAACAGAGGACGAUAAGGAGGAGGAAGAAGAACAAGAAGAAGGAGAAGAAGAAGAAAAGGGCGAAGAGAACUUCUAUUCUGGAGGAAGCGAUGAGGAAGAGGCAGACGGUCUUGAAAUCCUUAUGGAAGCUCCAGAAGGAUUUAGGAACUCCGAUGAAGAUCGUUUCUCUGAAUCACAGGAGUCAAGCGUGGAGGACGUGCAGGAUUUGGGCCAGAUAGAAAUACCUGAGGAUCAAGAGGAGCACAGUGAGGAAAAGGGAGAUGACCAACAUGGAGAGGACGCAUCAUGUGGUCAGGAGGAGAGUCCCUCCACUCCCAGCCAUUUGGCCACUACUGUCUUCUGAUGACACAGUGAAACCAUAGCAAAACCAUUUCUCCCACUUUGAUGACCAUCUCCCUCCUCGCCUGUGGGACUGGAGGCCUUGAGGACGUUCCACUUAGUGCUCAGACAAACAAGCUCUUCCAUUUCGGCCGAGUUUGUGCACAUAUUUGCCUUGUUCUGACCAAGAACGAUAAACCUCAUGACUGAAAGUCCCCCCCCCCCGAUAAGCUCCCCUGCGUAGUCCUCAUACUUUCAACACACACUCCCUCAUGUUGCCUGGGUUAAAGUGGGAUACCACUAAGUUUACACUUUCAUCAGCUGUUCCUGUCCUGUGAAAAAAUUCAGUGUCCAAAAUGUAAACGUGUCAGGAACGGCUUAAAGCGGCCUUGUUUUUGUCUUGAUCGCAUUGCAUUUAUGAAGUAGUCUAACCAUUGGUUAGAUGGACAUGGUUUUAUAAGUUCAAGUUGAUGGAUUUCUUCAGAGAGGCGUACAGUCACAUUGCCAGGUUUCAAAAACAAUCAGUAUUUGUGGAUGUGAGAACUAUUAUUAGGUUAUGACUUUUCAGUGUUAAAUUAAUGUACAGCCCCGAGCUCUUUCACUGUUGGCGGGAGGGGAAAAGACUUCACAAGCAUGUGAUGUUUGUCUGAAGAUUAAUAUCGCCGUGCUGUGGACACAAAGUCAUUUCCAAACCAGGAAUGUACCCUGAAAACCAACCGGAUCUUUUCAUGUCCGGCAUCAGAGACAAUUAUUGAGAACUUUCACAUGGAGUGCAGAAGUUAACGUUCAACCUUCAAAGCAACAACACCAGGAACGGAAGUUAUAGCAGAAAUGAAUGUUAACACUUGAAGGGUAGGAGUCAAACUCACCAUGGGCCAACGUUUACAAAACUAAAAACGAUCUGCAGUGUAAAACUAUAUUUAAACCUGCAUGUGUAGCUGCCUCACACUGCCAGCAUGUCUGUAUAAAAAAGCUCAACUCAUCAGUAAGUGUGUUAAGUAAGCUAGGCUCCUGUGCCAGGAAGCCAUCAGGUCUGUGUGGAAAAGCCGCCUCACGGGGUGCUACGGUCCUUCAGCAUUAUGCUUUACGUUGUCCCACAAAAGCCUCGUCAUUCAGAAAGUGCCUCAAGAGACAGAGAUGUAAGGUUUUAAAUGCCACGACCAGGAGAGUUCAGGCAAAAGAUAACAGUGUUUAUUUUCUGAAUUACUUUAAGAGUGUGCACAAUAAGAGAUAUUUACUGUUUCAUAUAAAGAAUUGUAUAUGUCUUGAAAUGUUAAAAUGUUUAUGUCCAGAAAUGUUUAAACUUUAUAAAGGUUUCUUUGAAAUGAAC